GACUCUAUAUUUUCAUGGUUCAGAAUGUCCCAUUUUAGUGUUGUGGAGUUCACUGAUGAAUUUACAGCCGAUGAAAGGACUGUCAUUGAUGUCAUUCCUACAAGCUGGAUUACUGGACCCAAAAAGAGAUGAAUGUUUUUGGCCUACUGGUAGAACUCUCUGUAUCAGCAAGGCUGUAAAAAAACCCAAAUAACUCCUGGAGCAGACUGGGCAAAGUAUAGCAUACGCAUUAUAGGAAAUGCAGAAACAUAUGCUGCAGCAAGAGCUAAACUUAGCAGGGCCGAGGACACCUCAGAUUUACAAACCGACACUGAAAUGCCGAAGAAGCGCAAAAGAUUGCCAAAUAGAAAGUUUUUUUCUGACACAAGUGAAGAAUCAGACACUGUUAGUGAGGACGAACAACCACCCACCCCACCCGGCCAACUCAACAACAUUACCACCCAGAGCGUCGUCAGCAGACCUGACAGCCAGAGAUUCACUGUUACAGGACCAUCAAACACCGGACCAGCCGCUCAGAGAUUCCCUCCUACAGGACCAUCAAACACCGGACCAGCCGCUCAGAGAUUCCCUCCUACAGGACCAUCAAACACCGGACCAGCCGCUCAGAGAUUCCCUCCUACAGGACCAUCAAACACCGGACCAGCCGCUCAGAGAUUCCCUCCUACAGGACCAUCAAACACCGGACCAGCCGCUCAGAGAUUCCCUCCUACAGGACCAUCAAACACCGGACCAGCCGCUCAGAGAUUCCCUCCUACAGGACCAUCAAACACCGGACCAGCCGCUCAGAGAUUCCCUCCUACAGGACCAUCAAACACCGGACCAGCCGCUCAGAGAUUCCCUCCUACAGGACCAUCAAACACCGGACCAGCCGCUCAGAGAUUCCCUCCUACAGGACCAUCAAACACCGGACCAGCCGCUCAGAGAUUCCCUCCUACAGGACCAUCAAACACCGGACCAGCCGCUCAGAGAUUCCCUCCUACAGGACCAUCAAACACCGGACCAGCCGCUCAGAGAUUCCCUCCUACAGGACCAUCAAACACCGGACCAGCCGCUCAGAGAUUCCCUCCUACAGGACCAUCAAACACCGGACCAGCCGCUCAGAGAUUCCCUCCUACAGGACCAUCAAACACCGGACCAGCCGCACAGAGAUUCCCUCCUACAGGACCAUCAAACACCGGACCAGCCGCUCAGAGAUUCCCUCCUACAGGACCAUCAAACACCGGACCAGCCGCUCAGAGAUUCCCUCCUACAGGACCAUCAAACACCGGACCAGCCGCUCAGAGAUUCCCUCCUACAGGACCAUCAAACACCGGACCAGCCGCUCAGAGAUUCCCUCCUACAGGACCAUCAAACACCGGACCAGCCACACAGAGAUUCCCUCCUACAGGACCAUCAAACACCGGACCAGCCGCUCAGAGAUUCCCUCCUACAGGACCAUCAAACACCGGACCAGCCACACAGAGAUUCCCUCCUACAGGACCAUCAAACACCGGACCAGCCACACAGAGAUUCCCUCCUACAGGACCAUCAAACACCGGACCAGCCGCUCAGAGAUUCCCUCCUACAGGACCAUCAAACACCGGACCAGCCGCUCAGAGAUUCCCUCCUACAGGACCAUCAAACACCGGACCAGCCGCUCAGAGAUUCCCUCCUACAGGACCAUCAAACACCGGACCAGCCGCUCAGAGAUUCCCUCCUACAGGACCAUCAAACACCGGACCAGCCGCUCAGAGAUUCCCUCCUACAGGACCAUCAAACACCGGACCAGCCACACAGAGAUUCCCUCCUACAGGACCAUCAAACACCGGACCAGCCGCUCAGAGAUUCCCUCCUACAGGACCAUCAAACACCGGACCAGCCGCUCAGAGAUUCCCUCCUACAGGACCAUCAAACACCGGACCAGCCGCUCAGAGAUUCCCUCCUACAGGACCAUCAAACACCGGACCAGCCGCUCAGAGAUUCCCUCCUACAGGACCAUCAAACACCGGACCAGCCGCUCAGAGAUUCCCUCCUACAGCUAUAGGACCAGCCAACACCGGACCUGCCGCACAGGGAUUCACUGCUGCAGGACCUGUCGGUCAGAGAAUCGCCACCACCGAUUAUGCUAUGUUCGUCAAGCUUUUAACCCUCCUGGAGGAAGUGAAAGAGACUCAGCGAGUGCAUAGCAACAUGUUGAAUGCUUUGCUUAAGCAGCACAACCAUGAGUCAUUGCCCAAUGUUCCUGAAGAAGCUGUCUUCCCUCUAACAACAACAGAAGAAGUGGAAGCUAUGAAUGAAAAGUUGCUUGACCCAAGAUUCAUGUCUAGUGUUGUUGCAAUGGUUGCAGAUGUUGGUGGUUCUUCACUGGAUGAUGCAACAAGAAGGAUGAUGAGAUUCCUAAUUUCAAAUGAAGUGGCAAUCCAGUACAGUCUGUUUGGCCGUCAUGGCAAGAAGAGAUUUAGAGAUCUGCGCCUUUUUGAGGUCAUAUACGGUGGAUUGAAGAAGAAUUCAUUGACCAAAGAAGUCAACCAGAAACAGGCAGAAAAGGCUCUCACCAAAUGGUUCACUGGUGCUAGAGACAGGGGUGGAAACAGAGCCAUUAGAGGACAACAGGAGAAAAGACCAUCUCAAGUACAGUAAUAUUUUUUGUGC